AUGGAGGAUAACGAUGAGGACGAGGACGAGGACGAGGAGGAGGAGGCAGUCCUCUGCCCAUCCGUGCUGCUUGCUGGCGCAUAUCCGCCUCCGCUCUGGGGGGAUCGGCGCAGCAGCUCUGCGGCCUCGCUCGGCGGCGAGCAGCUGCGCCACGCCAGCGCGGCGGCUGCGCCGCGCAGCGCCCGAACAGAAACUCUCCGCGGGCGGCCGUGGCCCUGCGCGCACGGGCGCCCACUGCCGAGCAAGAGGCGGGCGGGCGCCCCGCCGCCGCUCGCGGGCUGCGCUCCCGGGCGGCGGCCUCGCGCCCACGGCCCGGCUCCACGCCUUAGGUCGGGCCUGUCCCCCUCCCCUACAGUCGGGGAUGGACAGACCCCCCUUUAG